CAACGUCUGACGAAGAGCUUCAUACCCUCUCUGAAAGACUCCGCCUUUCUGAGUUUUCCAUCCCUUUAAAUCAUCCAAAAAUGGCUACUCAGAUGAGCAAGAAGCGAAAGUUUGUCGCCGAUGGAGUUUUCUUCGCGGAACUUAAUGAGGUUUUGACGCGAGAGCUUGCUGAGGAUGGAUACUCCGGAGUCGAGGUCAGAGUCACUCCCGUCAGGACAGAGAUCAUUAUACGCGCCACUCGUACUCAGAAUGUUCUCGGUGAGAAAGGAAGGAGAAUUAGGGAACUGACAUCACUGGUCCAGAAACGGUUCAAGUUUGAGGAGAACACUGUGGAGCUGUAUGCCGAAAAGGUGCAAGAUAGGGGUCUUUGUGCCAUUGCUCAAGCGGAGUCCCUCCGUUACAAACUUCUUGGCGGUCUUGCUGUUAGGAGGGCAUGCUAUGGUGUCCUGCGAUUUGUUAUGGAAAGCGGAGCAAAGGGUUGUGAGGUAAUUGUCAGUGGAAAGCUGAGAGCACAGCGUGCUAAAUCUAUGAAGUUCAAAGAUGGUUACAUGAUUUCUUCGGGUCAACCUGUGAAGGAAUACAUCGACACUGCUGUGAGACACAUUCUAAUGAGACAGGGAGUUUUGGGCAUAAAGGUAAAGAUCAUGCUUGGGCACGACCCUGAGGGAAAGACUGGGCCAAAGUGUCCACUUCCAGAUCUUGUCACUAUUCAUCCUCUUAAGAAUGAGGAAGAAAUCACCCCAAAGCCUCAUGCUCCCACAAUGGCAGUAGUGCCAACCACUGAUAUUGAAGUUCCAGUUAUGUAGGUCUAUCAAACGUUGGAGCUGUGUGCUUACCUUAUAUGAUAUUAUGGAUCAUGUGUUUCUUACUACUUUGUCCCUGCAUUCUUACUUCUAAGAUGAUGCGUGCCAGGAGAAUUUUGUUCUUUUAAACGUUUCCAACUCUAUUGCAUGUUGAUGUUUCUGUCAUUGAAGAGUUUUUAUUCUAAAUGAUCUCCCACAACUGGCAGACUUGCUAUGUGGGCAAUGGACAUGAGUGAGGUUCUAAAAGUAGUGUUGUGGUAAAUUUACAUCUGGGUUCUAAUUAAAUACUUUUAUUAUUAACAUCAGUUUUUUGUCACUCUCGCU